UGCCAUCGUCGAGUAGGAACGCGACUGCCUCACCGACACUGAGGUUCACUCACUGACCCAAAGCUUCACUCACCAAUCAUGCCUGUUCACUUUCACUUUCACUUUCACUUUCACUUUCAUCUUCACUACCUGGCACCAAAGUGUGGUCAAUCCUGUUUCCAUCCAGACCUCCACCUACAACUAAAGCUCCAAUCGUGCACACGAGUUCUUCAAAAGAACACACAAAUCUCAAUCGCAAGUCUCAAAUGAUGAUAGAAACCCAUCAUGACAACCAAGACUACUGCCUCAAGAUCAUCAGCCGAACAAAAAUUUGCACAAAGGGAGAGGCAGGAAGCUACCUCAAAGAAUUGGUUUACCCGCCGUUUGUGGCCUUCCUCGAGAUCGACCAAAGCCAGUGACCAUGGCAGUGUUGAACCUGAUGCCUCCAUCAUACGCCCACAUACAGCACCAUCCACUAGAACAGCUUUGAGACCUCUAGAGCGUUUCGACAAUACCAAUACCCUGAAAACACCACUGCCUACGCGUCCUCGACCUCCCCUUCCUCCUCCCCCUCGUCCACCGAGACUGGAUACAGGCCUCGGUCGAGAAGUCAACGAGUGGCUUGAUGCGAGCGACAACAGACCUUCGCCUCCCUUGAUGGGCGGUUUGCCAUAUUGGAGAGAAGCCACACCGGACAAUCUGAUGUCACCGGCCCAUAUGCAAUAUGCCAUUUCACUAUCGCAUAGAUUUGAAGCCCCAGCAUCACGACGUGCGCGAUCGGCAGCAUCGUCCAGCACCCAGGACCUCCGAUCCUUCUGUCGCCGAGCAAAGAAGGUUCAAGUGCGCAUGCCGACUCUUCUCAAGACAAAGUCGCAGAAGGUCACUGUUGUUCCGAAUAAGCAGCCUGAUAGGAGAGCAUCGGUGCUGUCUCGUCCGCCAAUUCCCGCGCAGAAGGGUUCACUACAGGCUUCAAGCCUUUCCCAAGGAGCACCAGUGUUGACCAAGAAUGGAUCUGGAGCACGGAGGAUACCAUUAUAUGACACGGAGGCGAUGUUGGGCCCGGGGCCAGGGCACUUCUACUGCCCACUACCAGCUCGGAUUGGAAACCAUCGGGACGGUAAUCUACGACCCACACAAUCUAGUAAUGGCCCAGAGCGGAAAGCGGAUACAGCAGUGGGACAUUCAAUCCCCCCAGGGAAUACUCUUUGCCCCUCAACGAUGAGGAACCGACUACCAAGCCAGGAGUCCUUUGGUAAUCUAUCGGAUGCCCCAUCCUACUUCACGGGACCGCCUCCGCCAUCCUAUCGGUCGCGAACAGCUUCGAUAGUGACUACAUCUUCAUUUGGCUGUAUAGAUGGGAUGAGAGCGGAAAACCGGAACAUCAGCAGCCAGCGAGUUGCGCAUCAGAGUCGAGGUGUAAGGGGAAAGAUCAAGAAGCUUGUGAAUCUGAGCUAGGGGGUUCAGGGGACGUCGCAAAUGGAUAAUGGACGAAACAGGAUGAAGAAACGAGGUUAUGAGCGAUGAACGAUACGACUAUGAUAAUACCCAUGAGAGAUGCAGG